AUGGCCAAGUUCAAAUUGAAGAAACCAUCAAAAAGGCAACCCGCUCGUCUCCGCUACAAAAUAGAAAAAAAAGUCAGGGACCACAAUAGAAAACAAAAGAAGGAAGCAAAGAAGAAUCCUAAAUCUAAAAAGACAAAACCGAUUCAAAUUCCUAAUGGCUGUCCUUUCAAAGAUGAUAUACUUAAAGAAGUAGAGGCAGUCAAAAAACAUAAAGAGGAGGAAAGGCAGAAGAAGAAAGAGCUAGCCAAACAGCAAAAACAAAUAAAAAUGGAAGAAAAGAAAAAUAGGAAUACUAGUAUGGACACUUUGGUAGCAAAUGCCACAGUCAGAGGUAAAGUACAUGAAGCAUUUAAAGGUGAUGAGCCAUCGGAUGAUAUAGAGUUUGGUAAAGAACGGAAACAGGAAAAUUCUCUUAAGACAUAUUACAGGGAGUUUAAGAAAGUUAUAUCUGAAGCUGAAGUUAUUUUAGAAGUAGUUGAUGCAAGAGAUCCUUUAGGUACUAGAUGUUCCCAAGUAGAAGAAGCAGUUCGCGAAAGCGGUAAACGUCUCGUCCUAGUCCUCAAUAAAGCAGACCUAGUACCUCGUUCAAACCUUGAGGCUUGGCUUAAGUACUUACGUGGAACAGCUCCGGCGGUACCAUUUAAGGCAUCCACACAAGACCAACAGCAUAAUCUAGGUACUAGAAAGAUGAAGCAUGUUAUGAAGGAGAAACAAAUGAAAGGGUCAGCUAGCGUUGGCGCUGAAUUGCUAAUGGGUCUACUAGGCAAUUACUGUCGCAACAAGGGCAUCAAGACAACCAUCACGGUCGGCGUUGUAGGUUUACCUAAUGUUGGCAAGAGCUCCAUCAUCAACAGUCUGAACAGAUCCAAAGCUUGUAAUGUUGGCAGCACUCCUGGUGUUACCAAACAAAUGCAGACCGUGCAACUAGACUCUAAGAUCAAAAUCCUAGACAGUCCGGGUAUAGUGUUCCACUCGGGGCCUGAGAGCGACUCAUCCGUGGCGUUAAAGAACGCGGUGCGCGUCGGUGCCCUCAAGGACCCCAUCACGCCCGCCUCCGCCAUAUUGCAGCGGGCUAGCAAACAGACCCUCAUUGAGCUGUAUUGUGUACCCGAUUUUAAUACACCACAAGAAUUCUAUGCGCACCUGGCAUCUCGCAUGGGCAGGUUCAAAAAGGGUGGUGUGCCGGACCAGGAGGCGGCUGCUAGGAUACUUCUCAAUGACUGGAACACUGGCAAGGUGAGAUACUUCACAGUACCGCCUGAGAUCCCCGAAGCUGACGUAAACGUUGAUGCAAAGAUCGUGCCAGCCUUCGCCAAAGAGUUCGACAUCAACUCGUUCGAAGCCAUGGAGACAGAGGCCAUCAACGAGCUUGCGACUCACGAUACUGGAAUUGAGGCUAUUAAGAUAUCAAGUACAGGCCCAGUGAAAGCAGCUUUAGGAAAUGAUAUGCAAGUUGACGAAGAAGACUCAAGUAUAUUGCCUAAAUCAGUCAAUAUAAGGUCGAAACUGGACAAAGGACGGAAAGCGAAAGAGAAGACUAAAGGCGACCCAGAAAUGCAACUUGAAGGCAACACUAAGCAGAAUAAAUUAAGAAAAACGCAGUUCAAGAAGGACAAAAAGAAAAAGGCGAGAAAUGAAAAGCAGGCUGCAGGCCUAGCUAAUAUAUUAGAAAAUGUCACUCUUAGCACUUUCAAGAAACAAGUUGCAGCUUAA